AACUACAUUCCCCAGCAUGCCUCUGUGCGUAGCGGUGCGCAUGCGCGCUCAGACGUGGCAGCCCCGUGAUGGCUCCUGUCAGGCAGUGCUGGGGAGGUAGGAUGUCGCCGCCGGGGCCGCUUCUGCUUCUGCUCAUUCUGAUCAUCCUGCCCUCCUGCCUCUUAACGGUGAAAGUUUCCCCUCUCAUAGAAAAAAUCAGCGAUCACAAAGACUUCAAGAAACUCCUCCGCACCCGGAACAAUGUCCUGGCUUUGUACUCAAAAUCAGCUUCUGCCGCCGAGCGGCAGCUCAAACUGUUAUCGGACGUGGCUCAGGACGUGAAGGGCACGGCGACCGUGUCGUGGAUUGACUGCGGUGACUCCGAGGGCCGGAAGCUCUGUAAGAAAAUGAAGGUGGAUCCAAGUAACAAGUCCAAUGGGCUGGAGCUGCUGCAUUACAAAGAUGGAACAUUCCACACGGAAUACAACAGGCCGGGGACACACAGGUCCCUGGUGGCGUUCCUGAAAGACCCAGAAGGAGCUCCUCUUUGGGAAGAGAAUCCGGAGGCCAAAGAUAUCGUUCACCUCAAUACUGAGAAGGAGUUCCGGAAGUUGGUGAAGAAGGAGGAACGGCCGCUCCUCGUGAUGUUCUACGCCCCAUGGUGCAGCAUGUGUAAGAGAAUGAUGCCGGCUUUCCAGCAGGCAGCGACGGAUGUGAAAGGCUCCUACGUUCUUGCCGGGCUGAACGUGCAUCCUCCGGAGUUUGAGAGGCUUAAAGAAGAAUAUAACGUGAAGGGUUACCCCACCAUACUGUACUUCGAGAAAGGAAAGUUUUUGUUUAAUUAUGAGAAGUAUGGAGCGACCGCCAAAGACAUCGCAGACUGGCUGAAGAAUCCCCAGCCCCCCACGCCUGAGGAGCCCGAGGUGCCGUGGACCGAACAGGACAGCGCGGUCUAUCAUCUGACGGAGGGAGACUUUGACGAGUUCCUUAAAGACCAUGCGUCGGUGAUGGUCAUGUUCCACGCUCCGUGGUGCGGACAUUGUAAGAAGAUGAAGCCGGACUACGAGAAAGCGGCCGAGACCCUCCAUAAGGAAACGGGUGUAGGGGUGCUGGCCGCCGUGGACGGGACGGCUCACAGGGCUCUCUCGGAGAGGUUCAAGAUAUCGGGUUUCCCCACGGUGAAGUAUUUUGAGAACGGGGAGGAGAAGUACACCCUGCCGCACCUGCGCACCGAGCAGAAGAUCGUCGAGUGGAUGCACAAUCCAGAAGCCCCGCCCCCGCCAGAGCCCUCGUGGGAGGAGAAGCCGUCCAGCGUCCUGCACCUCGUGGGCGAGGAGUUCAGAGAGAGCCUGAAAAAGAGGAAGCACGCGCUCGUCAUGUUCUACGCGCCGUGGUGCCCUCACUGCAAAUCAGCUGUCCCAGACUUCACCAACGCGGCUGACAUACUGAAAGAGGAUCGGAAGACGGCGUACGCGGCCGUGGACUGCACCAAACCCAAGAACCAGGAGCUGUGUAAGCAGGAGGGGGUGGAGGGCUUCCCCACCUUCAACUAUUACAACUACGGCAAGUUUUCGGAGAAAUACAACGGAGAGCGGACGGAAUCUGGAUUCAUCGGUUUUAUACGAUCUCUCCGGGAAAGAGACCACAGCAAGCUGGGGAAGAAGAAGGAGGAAUUGUAAAUCCCCCCCCCUUUCUAAAUCCCAGCGCACUGUGACGGACCCCCCGCUUCCAGGACCCUGGGGGUUACCCCUCCCAGUAACUUAACAGCCCCCCCCACUGAAGAGAUUCCGCAAAAUGUUUUUUCAUGUAUUUUGAAGGAAAAAAACCCAACCACUUUUUCUAAUUAUUCCUCUUCUCACCGUUUCCCCGGAUGGGUAGAU